UGAUUCGACUUUGGAGCGUCUCCUUGUGUGGGUGCAGGCCGCCUUUGACUCCCUGAGGGACUUUGGCCCGCAGUCCGUGCAGCAGGAUGCUACGGCUCUGGCCACCAUCCGCGAUAUGCUGGCAUGGCUGGCUGAACGCACCUGCAAGGCCUGGAUCGAGGCAUCUGCCAAUCUUCCUCAGGUACUCUACAGCCAUGAAGAGCGUGUGCGACAAGCCCUAGAGUUGGCUGAGAAGGACUCCAGUCUCACUGGAAAUUCCAGGAACGAGGUGGAAGAGCUUCGCAAGGCGCUUCAGGAACAGACGGAGCGAGUCGAGGAGCUUGAGAGGCAAGUUCAGGCUGCCGCGCAAGAGCAUCGAGCAUCGCCUAG